CUAACAUCGAGCUGCCGGAGCCGAUACAGGCUUAUCUUCAACUAAAUACUUACUCAAGAUCAAUGACUUGACACCAAUGCAGUGCCACAAUUGAGCUUUUCUUAACUCCGUAUUGAGUCCGGUCGUUGACAAACUUUAGAUUUCGUCAUGUUCUCCGCCCGAAACACCUCGGCAACUCGGAUAGCGUUGCCGCUAACCCAUCUUCAACCAAACCUAACUCCUCCAGGCAUUCUUUGAAAGGAACUCACUUCGGCCCAGAAGUUAUCGUUCGUCUUAGGACCGUCUCGUUUUUCUACAUCUUCGAGUCCACGCCCAUUCACAUUACUUCACGAUCACAAUGGCUACUAACUACAAAUUCGAGGGAUGGGUGGCGGACGACCCCUCCUCGGUAGACGGGAAAAUGAUUUGGAGAGAGUAUGAGCCUAAGGUCUGGGAGGAGACGGACGUCGAUAUCAAAAUCACUCACUCGGGCAUUUGCGGCUCCGAUAUUCAUACUCUGCGUGCUGGCUGGGGUGCCACCAGAUUUCCUGCCGUCGUUGGCCACGAGAUUGUGGGCGUAGCCGUCCGUGUUGGAUCCCAGGCAGAAGGCGGCAUCAAAGUUGGCGACGUCGUCGGCGUGGGUGCGCAGUCUGAUUCCUGUCUAUCGCGCGAUGGACCCUGCGAUGCGUGCGAAGUCGGCGAGGAGAACUACUGCACCAAGCGCGUCAACACCUACAAUAGCGUCCAUCGCAAUGGAAGUCAAACCCAGGGUGGCUAUGCAUUGUACCAUCGCUGCCCGAGUUACUUCGUCAUCAAGAUUCCCAAGGCCAUUGCGCCUGAGCAAGCUGCUCCCAUGCUCUGCGGCGGUGUGACGGUCUUCUCGCCCCUGAAGCGCUAUAAUGUCGGCCCCGGCAAGAGAGUCGGCGUCAUUGGCGUUGGCGGGCUCGGCCAUUGCGCAGUCUUGUUUGCGAAGGCUCUGGGCGCAGACAAAGUGGUGGCCAUUUCGAGAAAGUCUGACAAGAAGAAAGAUGCUGCGCAGCUUGGUGCAACCGAUUUCAUCGCCACGGCCGAGGAUGAAGACUGGGCCACUAAGAAUGCCCGCACUCUCGACGUAAUUAUUUCGACCGUCGCAUCUCCCAAGAUGCCUCUGGCCCAGUACCUUGGUCUUCUGUCACGCGGAGGUACAUUUGUCCAAGUCGGUGCUCCUGAGGAACCGGUGCCACUCAGCGCUUUUGCCCUUAUUAGAACCCGAGUGCACUUGACUGGAUCGGUCAUUGGUAGCCCUAGCGAAAUCAGAGAAAUGUUUGACCUUGUUGCUGCGAAGGAAGUCAAGGUAUGGGUCGAGACACGCCCAAUGAAGGAGGCCAAUCAGGCAGUUUUGGACAUGGUCGACGGGAAGCCUAGGUACCGAUAUGUUUUGACAAACUAAGACCUCGUUAGAAACCAAUAAUGACACGAUUUAUACCG